UGGUACUUGCUGGUUUCUGAAGAUGUUACGGAUUUCUUCCUCCUGUUCUUAUGUGUUAUGUUUCAUAACGUUGCUGACACUUGCGGUGAUUAACUGCCACGGGCGGGUGACCUUGGAGAUAGAUUCAAAUACAAAGGCCGAGUUCGUCACCCUCAGACACGUGACCGACGUCAACGAGAUAGACAGUCUCGCUGAACGAGAACUGGAGAACAUAAAAGACCACCAACAGAAUUUGCGGUACCAAUUUAAUGCUCACGGCAAGGAUUUUGAUCUCCGGUUGGUAAAGAAUGGCCGUAUCAAACCGGCAAAGAUAUCGCAGCUCUACGUGGAAGAGGACGGUAAACUGGUGACAAAGUCUCUUGGUAGCAAUGACGAUUUUGCUCUUUAUCAAGAUAAAGACUCCAAUGCAGCGGUGGCAGUUACCAAGGAAAAUACACUGAAGAAAGUGGAAGGUUUUGUGAUGGAGAAGGAUGCUUUUUACGAGCUGCGACCCGUUGAAGAUGACAAAUAUAUGGUUUUAAGACACCAAAUUGACCAUACCGUUGCUGAACGGGCAGAAGCUAUGGAUGACGCAGUGCCAUUAAGUGUCCGAGAAGUGAAACUAGAUCGAGCUAAGCGAUCUUCGGCAGCAGACUCAAAGCUCCUCCAUUCCCUUCUGGAAGUUUUGGAGAAAGUUAACGCCAAGAGAACCGAGAAAGAAGUUGAACUGAGGUCAAACAAGGCUUUCACGGAGGGCCAUAUAGACGCCGCUAUUGAACUUCUAAUUUGCACUGAUGAUACUAUCUGGGACUAUUUUAUGAAGCGCAAUAAUCAAGUUGCCUCGGCGGCGGAGGCCGAGCUGAGGAAAUACUAUUCGUUAAUUGCGAACGGGAUAGAUCUUCGUUACCAGAACAUAGAUGACCCAGAUUUGAAUAUCUACAUCGUACUAUCGGCUAUCAUAAUUGUGAAGGUUUCCGUUGUGGCUGACACAACUUAA